AUGAUAAAUGUUCUAUGUGUUGUUGAAAAAAGUUAUUUACCAGGAUUAAAAGAUAUUCUCGGUUACUUGUUCCCAAAUAAUGUUGAAUAUAUUUUAAGAAGUGAUCCGCUCAGCCACCCCCAAGAAGACAAUCCUUAUUCAAAUUUUGACUAUCAAGUUCAUAAUUUCACCAACGCUUUCCAACCAACUAAUUCCUAUUAUGGCCAUAACUAUGGUAACACCAAUGUUCAAAUCGUAUCACCAGUUCAAACAGUAUCACCAGUUCAAAUAGUAUCACAAGUACCAUAUAAAACACCCUCAACAAACAAUAGCUCUAAUGUUUAUCUUUAA